AUGGUGAGAGAGGUCUCCGAGGAAAGCAAGAGGAAGAGGAAGUUGAUGAGGAUAGAGAUCUUGUCCUUGGUUCUAUCCAAUGACAGCAAGGUCAGUGGCGAUGACUUUGAAGGCGAUGUGCACAGAGGUAGUGGCGGAUUCAGGAUUCUCGAGUUAAGGGGUCUUAGUGUAAAAGGGACUUUCACCGAGCACCUUGUGUGCACACAAAGGGGCAGUUUUCUGCUGUCCAAGGGGUCUCUCAUGGAGUCCACAACCGUAUUUCCUGCAUCCCAAGGGGUCGUGCGACCCCUCUUGUCCCAACGUGCGUCCGCCACUGCACGGAAGGAGGGUGGGUCAAUGGGGGGUGUGGGAAGAGCCAGUUAG